CCACGCCCCUGGAUGCUCUGGCGGCUGGAUGGUUGGUUGCUGGGGCAAUUCUUGAGCAGCUUGCGAGGGGACCGGGGCUUCGCGGGGCUUCUGUGGUUCCGGCGGCGCCAUGGUAGCCGAGAAGAGGAUGCUGCCCCUUAAGGAGGCUUUCCAGCUGGCGCAGCAGCCGCGCCAGAACCAGGCGAAGCUCGUGGUGGCUCUGAGCCGCACUUACGCCAAGGUGGAUAAUAAAACAGUUUUUCAUGAGGAAUUCAUUCAUUACCUGAAAUAUGCCAUGGUAGUCUAUAAGCGGGAACCAACCGUGGAGCGUGUGAUAGAAUUUGCAGCAAAGUUUGCUACUUCAUUUCACCAAUCAGAUACUGAAGAUGAAGAAGAAGAGGAAGAUGAUGGAAUUUUAAAUUAUUUGUUUACUUUCCUCUUAAAGUCUCAUGAAGCAAACAGCAGUGCGGUCCGGUUUAGAGUAUGUCAACUCAUAAACAAGCUUCUGGGGAGUAUGCCAGAAAAUGCCCAGAUCGAUGAUGAUUUGUUUGAUAAAAUUAUGGAAGCCAUGCUUAUUAGAUCGAAAGAUAAGAUUCCAAAUGUGAGAAUACAGGCAGUUUUGGCUCUUUCUCGGCUCCAGGAUCCCAAGGAUGAUGAGUGCCCAGUGGUUAAGGCAUAUACUACUAUGAUUGAAAAUGAUUUGAAUCCAGAAGUUAGGAGAGCAGUGUUAUCAUGUAUUGCUCCAUCAGCCAAGACUUUGCCAAAGAUUGUACAGCGCACCAAGGAUGUGAAAGAGACUGUCAGAAAGUUGGCUUAUCAGGUUUUAGCUGAGAAAGUUCAUAUGAAAGCAAUGUCCAUUGCUCAGAGAGUAAUGCUCCUUCAACAGGGUCUCAAUGACAGAUCAGAUUCUGUGAAGCAAGCCACGCAGAAGCAUCUUCUCCAAGGAUGGCUACACUUCACGGAAGGAAAUAUCUUGGAGCUGCUUCAUCGGUUGGAUGUAGAAAAUUCUUCCGAAGUGGCAGUCUCUGUUCUCAAUGCUUUAUUUGCAGUGACUCCUCUCAUUGAACUUGUGGCGAUCUGUAAAAAUAAUGACGACAGGAAAUUGAUCCCCAUGGAAACAUUAACUCCUGAAAUUGCUUUGUAUUGGCGUGCCCUCUGUGAUUAUUUGAAAUCAAAAGGAGAUGAAGGCGAAGAGUUUUUAGAGCAAAUCUUGCCCGAGCCGGUAGUAUAUGCAGAGUAUUUACUGAGUUAUAUCCAGAGCAUCCCAGUAGUUGAUGAGAAACAGCAAAAUGAUUUUUCAUACAUUGGAAACUUGAUGACAAGGGAGUUCAUCGGUCAGCAAUUAAUUCUCAUGAUCAAGUCUUUGGAUACCAGUGAAGAAGGAGGACGGAAACGACUGGUGGCGAUUUUGCAGGAGAUUCUGACGCUACCCACAACGCCAGUAACCCUGAUUUCUUUUCUUGUUGAGAGGUUACUCCAUAUCAUCACAGAUGACAGUAAGAGGACACAGAUUGUUACAGAAAUUAUUUCUGAGAUUCGUGCACCCAUUGUUACUAUUCGUGUUAAUCCAUCUGAUGCAAGAAAGAAAGAACUCAAGGUGGCUGAAUUAAAAGUUAAACUUAUUGAAGCAAAAGAAGCUUUGGAAAAUUGCAUUACCUUACAAGAUUUUGAUCAGGCAUCGAAAUUAAAAGAAGAAAUAAGAGUACUAGAAGAGGCGAAAGCAGAACUGUUGAAAGAGACAGAACAACUUGAAAUUAAAGAAGUCCACGCAGAGAAGAAUGAUAUGGAGACACUACAAAAGUGUCUUGUUCUGUGCUAUGAACUGUUGAAGCAGAUGUCCAUUUCUACAGGGAUCAGCGCAACUAUGAAUGGAAUCAUUGAAUCUUUGAUUCUUCCUGGAGUAAUAAGUAUUCAUCCUGUAGUAAGAAAUUUGGCUGUUUUAUGUCUGGGAUGUUGUGGGCUACAGAAUCAAGAUUUUGCGAGUAAACAUUUUGUGUUACUAUUACAGGUUUUGCAAAUUGAUGAUGUCACAAUAAAAAUAAGUGCUUUAAAGGCAAUCUUUGACCAACUGAUGACAUUUGGAAUGGAACCAUUUAAAAUUAAAAACAUCAAGGGCCCUCAAAGUGAAGGUGCAGAAAUAAGCAGUAAUGAUGAGCUGGAAGUCAAAGAAGAUGAGGAGGUUGCUGCAGCCAAGAAUGUUCUAAAGCUUCUUUCAGAUUUCUUAGACAGUGAGGUUUCUGAACUUAGGACAGCAGCAGUGGAAGGCCUAGCCAAGCUGAUGUUCUCUGGGCUUUUGGUCAGCAGCAGGAUUCUUUCUCGUCUCACUUUGUUGUGGUACAAUCCAGUGACGGAAGAGGACACUCGGCUUCGACACUGUCUGGGGGUGUUUUUCCCCAUGUUCGCUUAUGCCAGCAGGACUAACCAGGAGUGCUUUGAAGAAGCCUUUUUCCCAACUCUGCAAACACUGGCUAAUGCGCCUGCGUCAUCUCCCUUAGCUGAAGUAGAUAUCAUGAAUGUUGCUGAGUUGCUUGUAGAUCUGACAAGACCGAGUGGAUUGAGUACUCAAGCCAAGAAUUCCCAAGAUUACCAGGCCUUAACAGUACAUGACAAUUUGGCUAUAAAAAUUUGUAAUGAGAUCUUAACAAGUCCGUGCUCACCAGAAAUUCGGGUCUAUACGAAAGCUUUGAAUUCGUUAGAACUCAGUAGCAGUCUUUCAAAGGAUCUUCUGGUUCUCUUGAACGAGAUUUUGGAGCAAGUUAAAGAUAGAACGUGCCUGAGAACCUUGGAAAAGAUCAAGAUUCAGUUAGAGAAAGGAAACAAAGGAAUUGGCGACCAACCCAUAGACGUACAGGAAGCCAGUACCACCGCACCUGUUCCUCUGAAUGAAGAUGAAGAGAAGAAAGAAGUAUAUAUGACUCCUUUGAAAGCACCCAAAUCCACCCAGCAGAGUUGCUCAAAGUCUACCCAGCAAAGGACUAAUCGAGGUCGGAGGAAAGUGACCAUGUCAACCAGGACAAGUAGAAGACGCCAGACUGCCGAGUCAGGCUCUGAAAGUGAUCAGGACUUUCUAGAGCCAGAACCAGUUUCAGAAGUGAGGACAAGAUUACCCAGACGAGCCAAAACCGCAGCCCUGGAAAAAAGUAAACUUAACCUUGAACAAUUCCUCCAAGCAGAUGGAAAUUAGUCGAGAUGAUGGAGUCCUUGAAAAGUCUGCCUAUUUCUUUAAUAAAGUUGUUCUUUUAAAAUCAUACAAAGCCUGCUGUCUUCCUGUGGACUGCCGCCAGUGUCUGUUGAUGUGAUCACAGGUCAUCUUUAGGAGUCACACUGAUUUGUUUCAUCAGCAUCUGAGGUGAGUCUGGGGUUGGUUUUAAAUGAGGUCCCCUGGGAGGGCAGGGGCGCGGCUCAAGUGGUAAAGGGCCCGCCUCCCAGUGACUACAAAGUAAGCUCCCCAGGUGGCGGUUAGGAAGUGGUGGUGGCCUUAGGGAAAAACCUAACUAGCUAGUGAUUUACAUCUUCUGGAGAGUUGACUGGGAGCAGAUCCACAGGUGGGAACACCUUAGGACACAUUU